CAGGAUACUUCCCCUCCUGGUCGCCCUGUCACAGCUUCCCCUUCACUAGUGCCUCCUUGUCCAGUUGUGGACCAAGCUUCACUCACCCAUUUGGCCAGCCCCAUCUGCUCGAAUAUACAUGGUAGUAUCGAUGGUUCUGCUGCUUUUGGCAUCUGGGAGCUGAGUACUGGCCGACCUGUAGCUGUGUGCCAAUUGCCCUGGGAUCCACCACUUGGUAACCCAGUCUGUCGGCUAGACCGCCGAGAAAUUUGGAAUUGGCCCCCCUCGCUCAUAUUCCGCAGUCGAUGGGAACAGGGGGGAUUGGCCGGUUGGAGCAGGGGACCAGCGGUUUUGGCUGUAGAUCGAUUCGAAUUUAACUGGCUAUAUGCAUAA